AUGGCAUCUGUUAACACUACCGCUUCACCAACCACGAUACUUUCCCUCCCUAAUGAGGUUUUAAUAAUGAUUUUCGAGUAUCUCUUGGACGAUGGCCUGAUUCAGUCUUCCAUCAAGUUCUCUUCACGAGCCACCGACACGCCACCUGGCGAGAACAAUGUCCUCACGGCCAUCGCCCGCACCUGCAAGCGAUUCGGUUACUUGGCGCCGCAGUACGUCUCUCGCAGAGUUAUACUGCGACGCUCGACGGACGUCCCGCUGCUAUUAAGCAGGCUAAGAACGUACCCAGAGCUGGCCGUGCGGGUCAGGAAACUUGUGGUGUACGAGUACGAUGAUAUACUAGCCGCCAGUCCACCAGGUUCGACGGCUGAGAGUGCCCUGUGUCAGGUCGCCGCAGAGAAGCCUCGUUCAGACGAGAUGAAGGACCUCUGGACUGCGAUGGGCAAGUCACCACAUGAGAGUCCUGGGAUUCUCCGCACCUGGAUGCCUCUACUCCGGGAUCCUAUCUUGGACCUGCUUGAGCUACUUCUCCUGGUCCCCGGCCUAGAGCUCUUUCGCUUUCUGGGAGGAUGGAGCCGUUGUACUGUCUAUUGUCCGGAUGCGUGGAUGAGCGUAAAUCCCUUCCAGCAUGCCUUGGUCGCUGCACUGUACAGCCUUCAAAACGCGGGAGCCCGUUUUCUUCCCAAGCUCAAGGACUUCCACGUAUACGGUCAGGGUUUGGCUGCCUGGGAGUGUGCCGUGGGCACACUCAUGUCUCUUCCACAGCUAAACACUCUUCGUCUAGAUCCAUCGGUCGGACAAAAUGGUAUCUCUCGCCCUGUCACCCCGGGGACUGGUGUAUCGUCCACGCUUCGCCACUUGAUCAUCAAUACGCCAAAAUUUGAGCUCUCCAACGUCUGCAUGAUGAUCCAAUGCAUUCGCCGUCUCGAGACACUGCACGUAGUAUAUUACUUCCCAUUUCGCGACAUCACUAUAAUGGAGGGAUUCGAGUUAUGCCUCCGCAAACAUCGCCAGACUCUGAAGGAGGUCAAAUUGAUCGACGUAGCCUUUCGUUACCCCCGUCGGUACAGGGCACGGGGGUGGAGUGAGUUUGCCAGUAUGAGCACCCUCCGUGUGCCAUUCUAUCUGCUCCUUAACAAGGCCCACAAGGAAAGUGCCAUAUCCGAUGAUAUUGUCUCUUUACCACCGCGUCUCACUUCACUGGGAAUGAUCCCGCAGUCCCGAGAGUCCGGCCCACUUGAUAUCCUCAUCAGCCUCUCCCAGCCUGGGCGAGCGGCGCCUGGGUUUACGAGUUUGUUGAUACCUAAAUUCAGAAAGCUUAGCUGUUUUUCUAUUCCAUAUCUCCAGAAGUGUUUCAAAGCCCUGGGUGUCGUCUUCAAAGAAGAUCCAGAUGCGUUUGUGCGCAUGUAA